AUGAGCAUGAAACCUCAAAUUCCCGCCCCGGCUCACACGCUUGCCGAGUCGAUGUUGUCGCGGCGCUUCGGCAAAGAGACAGUGAACUAUUUCUCCAGUUCUCCUAUCAAUCGACUGUCUUUCCUUCGAACCGAGCAUCCGUUCCUAUCAGCGGCGCUGAAGCACCCGUCUACUCAGUUUGUACUGCUGAACAAUCUCGCGCCGUUGAUUCGAUCGCCGUCCGAACCAUACUAUGCCAAAUUUGAGGAACUGCGCAAACUCAUCCCGCAAGAUUUCUUUGAUCACGCCGAGGAGGAUAUGAUCAAGAGCUAUGACUCGCGCAAGACAAACCCGGCUCUGAUCUUCCUCGGCAUGGACGAGAGCCGCAAGGAGGGUAUGACGUACAAGAUUUACUCCGGAGUGCCUUUCUUUGCGCUGGAUGUGACCCCCAAAGGCUCAGAGGCGCAACAGUCUGAGUCAAAGGAUGUUAUCAGGGCUAUGGAGGAGAAGGGAUUGUCUUUCUUCCAAACCAGAAUCGUCAGCACAUUCACCCCGGACGAUGCUGCUAUCUAUGCGCAAGCACGCGCGCUGAACGAUUGGAACAACCGCAAUACUUUCUGCGGCACCUGCGGUAACCCCACGCUGUCCGUCAACGCUGGUACGAAGCGUGUUUGCCCGCCGUCAGACGCUGCCCGAAUUGCACAGGGUCAACCCGAGGAGCGUCCCGCUUGUAGCACUCGCAACACGAUUUCAAACCUGUCUUUCCCUCGCACCGAUCCCACCAUCAUCGUGGCGGUGAUCUCUGCCGAUGGCAAGCGCAUCCUGCUCGGCCGGUCGAAAAGAUUCCCGCCGAAGUGGUAUUCAACCCUCGCCGGAUUUAUCGAGCCCGCAGAGUCCAUUGAAGAUGCUGUCCGCAGAGAAGUGUGGGAAGAGGCCGGCGUGACUCUCGCUCGCGUCGUGAUUCAUUCGUCGCAGCCUUGGCCGUACCCCGCGAAUCUCAUGAUCGGUGCCAUUGCGCAGUGCAGUGAUGCCGCUCAUGAGAAGAUUCAUCUCGAGCAUGACCCUGAGCUCGAGGAUGCGAAGUGGUUUGAUAUUGAGGAGGUCGAGGAAGCUCUGCGUAUUGGCACGGGUGAUCUUAGCGGCAACGCGCCUCCUGACUAUAAGGGCGGCCUGAGACUGCCGCCUGCGACGGCCAUCGCGAACCAGUUGAUCCAGUGUGCGAUCAGUGCUGAUUAUCUGCAGUCUGAGAAGAGCAAGAUGUGA